AUGGACAAGGGCCCUCUACGCAGUUCUGCAUCUGGCAGCAGUGAUCACGAGAAACGCCGUGAGUCGGGAAUAAGCAGCAGUAGCAGCAGCGAAAACCCGCCUCCGGUGAUCGUGGUCGAUCCAGCCUUGGAGAGGGUCUGGCGGAAACUGGAUAUGUGGAUCCUGCCAGUGGUGACGAUGUUUUACCUCUUGUCGUUUUUGGACCGGUCCAAUAUUGGCAACGCUCGCGUAGCUGGGUUGCAAAAGGACCUCAAGAUGACGAACAAAGAAUACAGUAUCGCGUUGACCGUGACCUACGUCCCGUACAUUGCGGCCGAACUACCCUCUAAUCUCCUUCUCCGAAUUGUGGGCCCGGACUUAAUGCUACCGACAAUGCUGACCCUGUGGGGAAUCGUAACGACCCUCCAAGGCGUCGUUCGCACUUACCAUGGCCUUUUGGCGUGUCGUUUCUUCUUGGGCCUUCUUGAAGGGGGUGUCUUCCCUGGACUCGUGCUCUACUUGUCCUUCUUCUACCCUCGCCAGCGUCUGCAAUGGAGGAUAUCUGCCUUUUUCUCGGCCGCUUCAGUGUCGGGUGCCUUCUCUGGGUUGCUUGCGUUCGGAAUAAUUAACAUGAAUGGGAUCGGACACCGGCCUGGCUGGGCUUGGAUUUUUAUUCUCGAAGGGCUUGUCACCUUCGCCUUCGGCCUCAUUUCGUUCGCGCUUCUGCCCCGCUCUCCCGCCCACGCGCGCUUCUUCAGCCAGGCGGAGAAGGAUUAUGUCAUUACGAAGCUUAGAGAAGAUGGCGCGACGGCGAAGAAUGAAGCGAGUGACAGGUUCAGCUGGCGAGAAGUCGGCAUGGCGUUCACGCUUCCUCAGGUCUGGAUGCUGGCUAUUGUGUUCUUCUUCGAUGGUACCGUCCUGUACGGUCUAGCAUACUUCACGCCCUCGAUUGUGCAAGGACUCGGGUACACUGCGUCUCGAGCUCAGCUUAUGAGUGUUCCACCUUUCGCGGUAGCAUUUUUCCUGACGAUGAUUGGCGCUUACAUAUCCGAUCGUUAUCGAUGUCGUGGAUUUACGUCCAUGUUUUCUACGCUUCUUUGCGUAAUCGGCUUUGGAAUGUUCCUUGGUUCCGCCAAGCAUCACAUCCAAUAUGCCUCCUUGUUCUUCUCCAUCCCUGGCACCUACCUCGCAGCCGCGACGCUCUCGACGUGGAGCGCGAACAAUGCGACACCUCACACGCGUCGUGCGACCGCUAUCGCAAUCGGGUUCAUAAUGACCAACUCGGGCGGGAUUCUAGCGACCUGGCUUCUAGGGUCCCUUUCCGCCGCUCCGCGAUACAUCCUCGCCACGCGCGUUCUGCUUGCAUUUUCGGUGUUGAUGGUCGUCAUCAGCGGCCUCAACACAUGGUACCUGUGGGAUCAGAACAAGAAGAAAGCGGAAACUCGGAGGAAUAGUACGAUUGCCCAAGAAAAACCGGGCCUGGGAGACCGCUCUGCUUGGUUUGAGUACGCUUUAUAG